AAGGGCGUCGCCAUCUUGGGAAGGUCGGGCCGGCGGGAGAAUUGUGUGAGGGGCGAGGCGGCCGCGCUAUCCUGGGGAGAUCGGCCCGGCUUGGCCUCGGGAGAGACGGGCACGGUUUGGCCCGGCCCGGAGGGAUCGGUACACGGCCCUGCGACUGCGGCAGCGGACACGCCGCCUCCCGCUACCCCUUCCGGGUGAGGCGGUGACCCACGCCCCCUGACCCCGCCGCUUCCUUUCCGCGGCCGCCGCCGGAGCAGACGGGCAGAAAUGGCACCUCGUAAAGGCAAGGAAAAGAAGGAAGAGCAGGUCAUCAGCUUGGGACCACAGGUUGCUGAAGGAGAGAAUGUGUUUGGUGUCUGCCACAUCUUUGCCUCCUUCAAUGACACUUUCGUCCAUGUGACCGAUCUGUCCGGCAAGGAAACCAUCUGCCGUGUGACCGGUGGGAUGAAGGUGAAGGCAGACAGAGAUGAGUCCUCUCCCUACGCGGCCAUGCUGGCGGCCCAGGACGUUGCCCAGAGGUGCAAGGAGUUGGGCAUCACCGCCCUGCACAUCAAGCUGCGUGCAACUGGGGGCAACAGGACCAAGACUCCUGGACCUGGUGCCCAGUCAGCCCUGAGAGCUCUGGCCCGCUCUGGAAUGAAGAUUGGCCGCAUUGAGGAUGUCACCCCCAUCCCCUCCGACAGCACUCGCAGGAAGGGUGGUCGCCGUGGACGUCGUCUGUAACCAGCGCAGCACCUUCUGUUAUUAAAACUUUCUUAAACCUC